AUGCCACGAAACUACCUUCUCUCACGCACGCUCGACCCGCUCCUCGGCGUCUUCACCGGCUUCCUGGCGUACUACUUGCACGAGACGAACCCGCGCACAGCGCCACCACCAGGACAUACGCUCAAGGACCUCGUGGGCUGGCAGGUCGCCGAGAACAAGCAGCGGGCUGAGGAGGCUUCGGCCGCUAAUGCUGCAGCAGACAGCGCAGAGCUCGAGGCCGUGCGCCGCGAGUUGGACGACGCAGAGCCGUGUAGCACCCGCCGUUUUUAUGUAUAUUACUAUUCGAAUCACGCUUGGCUGCUCGGCCAUGUACUUGUCCUCUGA